AUGGGCAGGUGCAAAGCUUCCUGGUUCCUGCCGUUAGCCGGGUUGCUGCUAUCAGCAAUGGCGUUGGAUUACGAGGGCGUCCCCGGUCAGUGGACGCGCUACGGCCAGUGGGACGCCAGAGCCACAGGUGAGCUCAGCUUCAUUCUGAACACCAACAUCAGCAAAGCCCUGGUGCUCUACCUGGACGACGGGGGGAACUGCGACUUCCUGGAGCUCCUGAUCGCCGACGGGCGGCUCCACCUGCGCUUCACCAUCCACUGCGCCGAGCCGGCCUCGGUGCGCACGGAGACGCGGGUCGACGACCUGCGCUGGCACCGAGUCCUCGUGUCGCGCGACCACCGGGAGACAAGGCUGGUGGUGGACAACGAGGAGAAAGCGGCCGAGGUGAAGUCCAAGAGGAAAGAGAUGGUGGUGGCCAGCGACCUCUACGUGGGCGGGAUCUCGCCCGACGUGCGACUCUCCGCACUGACGUCCAGCACCGUGAAAUACGAGCCGCCGUUCCGGGGUUUGAUCGCCAAUUUGAAACUGGGGGAGGCGCUUCCGUUACUGUUGGACGGCCAGGCCGUUCACAGCGAUUUGGAGUAUAUAUGUGGCUCGCGCUCGCCGUGCGGAAACAACGGCCUGUGCUCCGUCAGCCAAGGAGAGGUCCUGUGUGACUGCGUCAAUACCAACCACAGAGGGAUGUACUGCAACAAAGCUGUCCAGAUAGAAGUAGAAGGUCUGGCGCACCUGAUGUUAAACCGCCAAGUUUUUCGCCAAGGGCAGGAGGAGUCGGUCGCCACCUUCAGAGGCAACGAGUUCUUCAGCUACAACCUGUCCCAGACUCCCAUUCAGAGCAGUCUGGACGAGAUCACCAUGUCCUUCCGCACGCUGCAGCGGAACGGCCUGCUGCUGCACACGGGCCGCUCGGCCGACUACGUCAACCUGUCCCUGAGGAACGGGGCCCUGUGGCUGGUCAUCAACCUGGGCUCCGGGGCCUUCGAGGCCCUCGUGGAACCCGCCAACGGGAAGUUCAACGACAACGCCUGGCACGACGUCCAAGUGACGCGCAACCUCCGCCAGGUGACGAUCUUGGUGGACGGGAUCCUCACCACCACGGGCUACACCCAGGAGGACUACACCAUGCUGGGCUCCGACGAUCUCUUCUACAUCGGGGGCAGCCUGAACACGGCGGACCUGCCGGGCUCCCCGGUCAGCAACAACUUCCUGGGCUGUCUGAAAGACGUGGUCUACAAGAACAAUGAGUUCAGGCUGGCUCUGUCGCGGAUGGCCGAGCAGCGAGACCCGAAGAUCAGCAUCCACGGCGACCUGAAGUUCGUCUGCGAGGACGUGGCGUCCCCGCAGCCGGUGGCCUUCGACGCGCCGGCCGCCUACCUCACGUUGCCCCGGUGGAACGCCAAGAAGACGGGCGCCAUAUCCUUCGACUUCCGCACCACGGAGCCCGCCGGCCUGCUGCUGUUCGGCCACGGCGGCCUGCAGGGCCCGCCGGACGCCAAGCCCCGGGCCGACUUCUUCGCCAUCGAGCUGCUGGACGGGCUCCUGUACCUGGUCAUGGACAUGGGCUCCGGCAGCAUCAAGAUGAAAGCCGGGGACAGGAGGCUCGACGACGGCGAGUGGUGCCACGUGGACUUCCAGAGGCGGGGGCGAAACGGCUUCAUCUCCGUGAACAGCAAGAGCGUCCCCUUCUCCGCCAACGAAGGCAGCGAGGUCCUGGACCUGGACGGCGACAUGUACCUCGGAGGUCUCCCGGAGGACCGCCAGGCCCUCGUGCUGCCCCCCGAGGUCUGGACCGCCUCCCUCGGCCUGGGCUACGUGGGCUGCCUGAGGGACCUCUUCAUCGACGGCCAGAGCCGGAACCUGUGGCGGCUGGCGGAGGCGCAGAGCGCCGCGGGCGUCAGCGGCUCCUGCACCAGAGAGACUCACGUCCGCUGCGCCAGGGACACCUGUGCCAACGGAGGACAGUGCAGAGAGGGCUGGAACCGCCACAUCUGUGACUGCAGCGGCACCGGCUACCUCGGCGCCAGCUGUGAGAAGGAGGCCACCAUGGUGAACUAUGACGGCAGCAUGUACCUGAAGGUGGUGAUGUCGCGCACGCUGCACUCGGAGGCGGAGGACGUGUCCCUGCGCUUCCUGUCCCCGCGGGCCUUCGGGCUGCUGGUGGCCAGCACCUCGCAGCAGUCGGCCGACACGCUGCGCCUGGAGCUGGACGGAGGGCGAGUGAAGCUCACCGUGAACCUGGAUUGUAUCAGGAUAGACUGUAAUCUCAGCAAGGGGCCCGAGGUACUCCUGGUCGGCGAGAAGCUGAAUGACAAUGAGUGGCACACGGUGAAGGUGGUGCGGCGGGGGAAGAAUCUGCAACUCUCCGUGGAUAACGUGACGGUGGAAGGUCACAUGACGGGCGCCCACACCCGCCUGGAGUUCAGCAACAUCGAAACGGGGAUCAUGACCGAGCGGCGGUUCAUCUCCGUGAUGCCGUCCAACUUCAUCGGCCACCUGCAGGCGCUCUCCUUCAACGGGAUGCUGUACCUGGACCAGUGCAAGAACGGGGACAUCUCGUACUGCGAGCUGAACGCCAGGUUCGGCAUGCGGCACAUCGUGGCCAAUCCCGUCACUUUCAUAGCGCAAGCCAGCUACCUGGCGUUCUCCACGCUGCAGGCGUACGCCUCCAUGCACCUCUUCUUCCAGUUCAAAACCAGCAGCCUCGACGGCCUGAUACUCUACAACUCCGGGGACGGCAGUGACUUCAUCGUGGUGGAGCUGGUCAAAGGGUACAUCCAUUAUGUGUUCGACUUGGGGAACGGGCCGUCGCUGAUGAAGGGGAACUCCGACAAGCCGCUCAACGACAACCAGUGGCACAACGUGGUGAUCUCCCGGGACAACAACAACGUGCACAUCCUCAAGAUCGACGCUCGCACCGUCACCCAGCACGCCAACGGAGCCCGCAACCUGGACCUAAAAGGUGAGCUGUACGUCGGCGGCGUGGGGAAGAGCAUGUACAGCAGCCUGCCCCGGUUGAUAGCGUCCCGGGAAGGAUACCAGGGCUGCCUGGCGUCCGUGGACUUGAACGGGAGGCUCCCCGACCUGCUGGCCGACGCCCUCCACAAGGUGGGAGAGGUGGAGCACGGCUGUGGAGGUCCCAGCACCACCUGCACAGAGGACGCCUGCCACCACCAGGGAGUGUGUCUGCAGCUGUGGGAGGGCUUCUCCUGCGACUGCACCAUGACCACCUACACGGGGCCGUUCUGCAGUCACCCGGGUACCACGUACAUCUUUGGGAAAGGUGGCGCUCUCAUCACGUUCACCUGGGCCCCCAACGAGCGGCCGAGCACCCGAGCCGACCGCUUGGCCGUGGGCUUCAGCACGCAGCAGAAGGACGCCAUCUUGGUGCGAGUGGAGAGCACCCACGGGCUCGGUGACUACCUCCAGCUGCACAUCGACCAAGGAAAAAUUGGCGUCAUCUUCAACGUGGGGACGGACGACAUCACCAUCAAUGAGCCCGCUGUCAUGGUAAAUGACGGCAAGUACCACGUAGUGCGCUUCACACGCAGCGGUGGCAAUGCCACUCUCCAGGUGGACAGCCAUGCGGUCAUUGAGCGGUAUCCUCCAGGACACUAUGAUAAUGAGCGACUGGCUAUUGCCAGACAAAGAAUCCCAUACAGACUCGGUCGGGUAGUUGACGAGUGGCUACUCGAUAAAGGGAGACAGUUGACCAUCUUUAACAGCCAGGCGGCCGUUAAAAUCGGCGGUCACGAUAAAGACCGGCCCUUCCAGGGUCAGAUCUCGGGGCUCUACUACAACGGUCUCCAGGUGCUCAAACUGGCCGCCGAAAACGACCCGAGCGUCCAGGUGGAGGGGAACCUGCGUCUGGUCGGCGACUCGCUCUCGGUGUUGACCACCGACUCGACCUCCGCCACGCCGCUGGCGGUGUCCGACAUGUCCACCACGAUCAUGGAGACCACCACCACCAUGGCCACCACCACCACCCGGAGGCAGCGGUCGCCCAGCUUGAGGGAGAGCAUCUCAAAGCCGCAGAACUCGGAUGAUAUUCUGGUGGCGUCGGCCGAGUGUCCGAGUGACGACGAGGACCUUGAAGAGUGUGAACCGGGAACAGGAGGUGAACUAGUGUUGCCUAUUAUAACAGUGGAUUCCCUCGAGCCCCCGUCCAUCGCCACCCGUUACCCCGUCAUCCCUCCUCCCCCGACCCUCCUCUCCCCACUCGACACCACCAAAGAGUCCCUGAUGCUCCCCCCCCACCCUUCCUGCCCCCCGGACCAGGAGGACUGCAGUGACCCUGUGGAGGUCUCGGCCUUCGGCUCCGGGGAGAUGACGGAAUCGGACGACGAGGACUUUUACAGUAACAAAUCCCCGAUGGUCACCGACAGGACGGUCCUUCCUCCGCCUCCCACCGCCGGUGAGGGUGGAGCCCAGAAACCCCGCCCCCUCCCUCCUUAUGUUCCCACCACCAACCCCGACCAGCUCCACAUCCCCGCGGGCAAAAUGAACACCCGCGACCAGGUGCUCCUGCCCCCUCCUCCUCCGUCCUCCCGGAACACGCCGGGACUAACGUACCCCCCCAAUUUUCCCCAUGUGCCCACAGCCGACCCCGCGGCCUCCGACGACAAGAGCCAACCGGGCGCCGUGGAGGUGAUCAGGGAGUCCAGCAGCACCACGGGCAUGGUGGUGGGCAUCGUGGCUGCUGCGGCUCUCUGCAUCCUCAUCCUCCUCUACGCCAUGUACAAGUACCGCAACCGGGACGAGGGCUCCUACCAGACGGACCAGAGCCACGGCUUUGCCAGCGACUCCGCCGCCGCGGAGGGCAACGGGGCGGCGGUCAAAGACAAAGGCGCGCCGACGGCCUCCGCGGCGAAGGCGGUCACGAAGGGGAAGAAGAAUAAAGACAAGGAAUAUUACGUCUGAGGAGGGAGAGAGAGAGGGGAGUGGACUGAGACGAGAGGGCGAGAGAGGACGUUUUUUUUCGUUCCGCUACCCCGAUUUUGUUUGAGGGGUUGACGGUCAGAGGAAUUUAAAAUUUCACAACAACAACAACAACAACAACAACUGCACAAAAGCAAUGCUCGCGGCCCCCAAUUUGCAUUGUUUCCUCAAAAAUAAAUGAAGGUCGCCGAGCUCCUCUUGGUGGAAGAUUCCUCAUUAAGAUCCGACUCAUCGUCCGCCUGCAUUCACACCCGAUCUUUGUCAGCGCAUCACUCGUCUCCAGUGAGGCCUCCCCGCGUCAGCUUUGUAUAUAGCGUAGUGCAGUGAACGAGUGCUGAGAAGCAUCCGGAGACAGAUUCGCCUAAAUGUUUUCUUUGUACUUCUUCGUGAUGCUCGAUCUCGCACAACGUGCCCCCCCCCCCCCCCCCACCCCGGUGAGCAGAACAGGCCGGUUAUAGAAUCGUUCUGCUAGACGAGCAGAGGGCACCCCGCAGUGAGUCUGACUACACUCGCAAAUGAAAAGCUCUUUAUAUUUGGAUGAGACAUCAUCUCCGCGGCCUCCGUGUGAGGCGAUGUCGUUUAAAAAAAAAAACUCCCCAGUCACUCUUCCUCUGUCCACAAGAGACGGGAUCGCGUUGCCCGCGCAGCAUCAUAGAUGAAGCAUGAUACCCCUCAACGCACUCCGGGGCCGGUGGACCUCGCAGUGCGACGGAGCAGAGACAUUAUUCAUGUGAGAUAUCACAUGUCGGGUUUUUCCCCACCCCCCCUGCCAGUAUUUCAAAAGUCGGGAUAAUUGUGAAGUUAGUCGAUGCCAGUGACGGUAUUUCUCUGAGAAACAUUGCUUGUAAAUGUACAUAUAGAGGUUUAGCGGAUUGAGAAGAAAAAAACAGUGGAACAGGGGGGAAGAAAAUUAACGUGCAACCCCCUCCCCCACCUCACAGAUAACCGAACUUCACAGGAUUUUUUUUGGGGGGGGGCGGGACCCUCAUUUCGAGGGUUAACUUUCACGGAGCGACCCGGUUGGCUGGAUGUCACUCCCGAUCUCCUUUCUCAAAAAACUGUCGGUGGGAUAAUUCAAAAAGCACACGGAAAAAAAACGUGAACAUAUCUUUGAGACGUAGAUAUAUUCCUUGUAAAGCAGCCAAACAUGUAUUGUUUAGUUUCUUUUUCUAUAUGAGUUACUAAAAGACUAUCCUAUGAGAUGAAUAAUUGAAGGUUUGUGUGAAUCGUGUUGAUAUUUCUCUGAUAUUUGAUGUAUCUUGUUACCACUCCUCUUGACACGUUACAUUUUUAGAUUGACUUUACUUAAAUCCAGACAAAAAGCACAUUUUUCCUCCUCGGCUAAUAGCCGCAAAUACUUUUUUUUGUUUUUUGCAUUAUUUAUGGGUCGGGUUAUGCAGAGAAAACACAAGGAUGGGAGAAAAAAACGAAUGUUUUUUUUCUUGCAUUGUGCAUUUUUUUAUGUGCUGAAUCUGUGACUCAAUGGAUCUGAUAAUAUAAAGCCAUUUUCUCUGUUGAGUUAAGUCUACAUUUACUUAUUCAUGCGCUGUGAUUCAUUAUUUUUGAUGAAAGUGCCAUUCGACACGAGCUGCUCGGCGUUCAGAAAAUACUCCAUUCCUCACUCAUUGCUAUUGUAUAGUGUUCAUGUGAAAUGGAUCUUAAUAUAUGUACAGAACGUGGAUGAAGAUGAAAAUACACUUGAUUAUAUCCUUUGUACA